AUGUACUUCGAAGUGGAUUUUGAUGGAAACAAUGAACCCCUACUCUUAGCAAUUGGUUUGGGAACCUUAGAGUGUGAAGAAUCAUGGAGAUGGUUCAUCAUGAAGUUAAAAGAGUGUUUAGGUGAGGAUAUAGAUGAUGGUUUCAUAAGCAAUCUAUGUGAUAAAAUAGACUUUGUUGUUCAGAGUGUCUACCCAGAUUCGUAUCAUAGAUAUUGUCCUAAAGAUAUAGCUCGAAAAAUACGUAAUUUUGUCGGACAUAAUGAUACGGAAGUCGAAAUGUUGUUUUGGAAGUCAUGUAAUGCAUAUAGUGUUCAUGAUUUUUACUUGUGUCUGGAAAGGUUGCAAAGUUCAUAUAGGAAACCACCUUUCUACACCUUGCUUAGGAGUCUAAUUAUCUGGCUUGACGAUAUAGCAAUUUCAAAAUGGACACAAGCAUUUUUCCCAAAAGUACGUUACGAUGUUAAAUCGAUUGAUGUCCCUGAAAUGUUGCAAAUUAUAUCCAAGUCCACACGUGAGUUUCCUAUAACAACGAUAAUUGAGUUAAUAAAUACGUCGAUACAAUCAAAGUAUGUUGAACGGGCUGAAGUGGCGGUUUUGCAGGGAGGUUGUCUGGUGGGGGUGACCCCUUAUGUUGAGAAUAAGGUUAAAAAACGUGUCAACGAGUCUUAUAAUUGGGUGGCAAAAUGUUUGUAUGAGGAUACAUUUGAAGUCGAUGACAAUUUUGCCACCAACAAAGUACAAUUUGAACGUAGGGUAUGUAGUUGUGGGAAAUUGCAAAAAAGCAGUAUACCAUGUGGCCACGCUAUAGCAUCUCUAAGAACCCGUACGUCUGAAACCAUUCACGUAAUGGUUGAUUAUAAGUUCACUGCUUUCGUGUAUCGAGUUGCUUUUGGAUCUGAGUCGGUGAAUUCUAUACCAUCACAUGUGCACUGGGAAAUACCAAAUGAAAGGGUGGUCCUACACGAGACCAAAAUGAUCCAGCACGAACUUCUAGCGGGCCCGGUGGAAAAUUGUCCUCUACAGUUACAAUCCAAGCUUGAACCAAAGCGACCUCCUAUUCGUUGCUCCAUCUAUGUGGUACAGGUGUAA